AUGGGGGCAGCCGAGAUGGGGUCGCCACACCGGAGGAGUGGCCGGACAGGGAGGACUCCGGAGGCGGCAAGUGAACCCGGAGAGCCAGCUGAAACAGGGUGCGCGCGCCGGCCCGACGCGGGAGCCCACGCGGAGGAAGCCGAGCCCACCCUCCCCGCACGUGAGAGCCGGCCCCACGCCCGCCGCGCUCCCCUGGGCGAACCCGCGGCGGCAGCGCUGAUGCCCCAGCGCUGCUGCCCCGCCGCGCGAGCCCCGCGCUGCCGCUCCGCCCAGGUCUGUCGCCGGGUCCGCCCGGCGGGCGGCGAGGCUCUGCUCCGGGACCAGCCCUUUCCAGAGCAAGAAAAUGGCUUUCAGGCUGGAAUAAAAUUGGAAGGCAUCAACCACCAACAUCCAUCUCUAUUUUGUGUGCUCUCUAUAGCUGAGGUGUGUUGUUACCAUCUAUGGCUUCAUUUCAAUGGUUAUUUAAGCUGCUACGAUUUUUGAACCAAUGUUGGCUUCCCUGACAUCUGUCCAGUGGGGUGGUGUGAAAAAACCAAACGUGACUUAUACAUCCCUCAGGGUUAUGGAAAAGAUAAAUUUAUUUGGAUGGAUUGCUUGAAGGCAUGAAAAUUACAAAAUGCUCCCAAGAAAUGAUUCAGAAAUUAUUCAGAAAACAGGCUAACGCCUAAGGAAUUUCAGAUCAGUGUGAAGCUGGAGGACAUUGACAGGAAGAACCCUGCCUUGAUAUGUGUGGCAACCAUAGCAGAUAUUGUUGGCAGUUGCUUGCAAGUGCAUUUUGACAAUUGGGAUGAUAGUUACGAUUUCUAGUGAGAUACCGACAUGCAUUAUAUUUCCCCAGUUGGUUGGUGUCGGGAGCAUGGAAGAACUCUGAUAGAACCCCAAGGUUUGUAUAAGCGAUUGUACCAUGGUUUUCUCCUGAAUGUGUAACUUGAAGUUGUGGAUAAGAGAAACCCCAGGUGAAUUUGCCUUGCUACAAUUGUGGAUGUUGACGACCAAAGAAUAAAGGUUCAUUUUGGUGGCUGGGACCACAAAUACUACUGCUGGGUGGAUGCAGAUAGCCCUGACCUUCACCCCAUUGCAUGGUGUGAUAUCACAGGUCAUCCCCUGGAAGUGCCACGUCGUGCAUAUCUUGCUUGCAGCCCUGAUGCAUCACCCCAAACGGACGCCUGUGCUCUCAUUUUUAUACAAACCAGCGUUUUCGGCUGUCCAUGUUUGGACAGGAACUUGAAAAAGGAGGCAACACUUCAGGGUCGUCUGAGAGAACUAACACAGGCAAAUGUGGAAUCAGGCUCUGACAUUCAAUAUCAAAAAAAUCUCUGUAGUUUGAACUUCAGUGGAAGACUCCAGAAGGUGAGCAGCCAGUCCAGACUUGUACGGCAGACAAAGUGCUUGAAAAUCAAAGGAGAAGAAGAUAUUGACUUGGAUACACUCCCCAGAGCCUCUUCCCUGAGUCCCCCGAGGUCGUCGUGCCUGCAGGGACUCACAGGAGCAGCUGGCACCCAGGUGUCCCCGUGGGAUCCUGAGCUGCAUCCCACAUCUGAUGCACCCCCCACCGGGGGACCCUGGGAACCAGACAUGGACCUGGGCCCAUGGGCAUUCAGCCACACAGAUGCCCCAGGCCCUGCUCCAGCCCGUCUCCACGUCGUCCUUGUCGGCCCAGCCUUUCCGGGACCCUCCACUGGGCCAGCUUGGCUGACAUGCAGGCCUGCAAGGUCCACACUUGAGCGAGAAGCAGACCCUGACCUGAGGAAGCUCAUGAAGCCCCUGGGUGGGCCCUGCAUGCCCCCCGCCCCAAGCCUUCUCCAGUGCCGGCUCCACUACCUGCCCCCCAGGGCGGUGGUGAUCACUUCAGCCCCACACCACAGGUUUCCUGUGAGGAAACACGUACCAUGUAGCUCCCUGCUGCCCUGUGUCCACCCACAGCCACAGGCUUUUCACGUCACGCCGCGGGUGGCUGAGUUUGUGGCGUCUCUGCUGGGCGGUGAGGAGCGUGCCAAGUGCUUCAGGAGGGACCACAUCGAUGGCAGAGUCUUCCUGCUGCUGACACAGACGGACACUGCCCAGGUGAUGAAGAUCGAGCUGGGUCCAGCCCUGAAGGUUUACAACUCCAUCCUCAUGUUCAGGCGCUCCCAGGACCUCGCCGGGGAGGAUGCCGUCUCAGGCCAGGAGGCCAUGGGGGGACGCUGUACCUGA